AUGAGGGUCGGCGGGGUAGUCUCAGCACCCGCCUCGCAGAAGAGAAGGGGGCGGGCAACGACUGUUGUGCAGAGACCGGUUGUGGUGAAUAAGCCUGCGGGGGAUGCACGUGGAAAUUCACAAAACGAGGAGUUAUCCCUGGAAAUGGAAAAGGAUCUGAGUGAGGUCAGCCUCUUGCUUCACAAUGGCAACAAGGUGUUUCCAUAUUUGCCAGAAUCAAUAUGGAGAACUUCAGUUUCAGCGGCUGUCCAGCGCGGGACUGUGGAAAUGGGGAUUUCUGAGGAUGAACCACCAAGUGCUCCUCCGGAGAAGCUGGACUCUGAGUUGGAACCCUCUUGCCUGUGUUCCAUCCUGUCUACACUGCUGCACGCACAUCCCCAAAUAUUCUUGAAUGAUGAGACAAAAUGUGUUCUCCCUGGCCAUUCAGAGCCCAUGUUUUCAGAGCAAGGAGUAGAAUAUAAGAAAAUGCUUUCACGUGUAAAAAGUAGGUCAGAUGACCUGCAGAUAACACUGGCAUUACUGGCUCUACACACUUCUGAAUUAGCAGAUCUGUUAUGCCGCAGUUAA